CAUCCUAGGAGCCGCAGGCGCUCAGGAGAUCGGCUCACUCUAUCGGCAGUCUCCCUGUAGUUUCAGGUAUUCAAGUGACACCAGCCUUCCCAUCGAUUCUCGACCACUCAGAGCGCAAACCCCAGGGGUUGACUCACCCAGCGAACUCGGUUCUAAUAGAUUGAAGUAUUCUCCCUUGUAGCCGUUGCCACUGCGAGACUUUGAACACCAUACUGGUGGAUUUAAGCAAUUCUUUUUGGCCCAGCGUGACCCCGUCGUCACCGUCCUCAGUCUUAAGAUUUAACCACCCGUCAACUCGCGGACCGUCUCGACCAUGGGCAGGAGAACAACGACUUCGAUGAUGCGAAUCGCAAUCGCAGGCGCAGGGGGCUUUGCCUCCAUCUUAGCCCGAGAGCUCUCGCAGAGCGCCUACGCCAUGCUUGUACUAUCGAGAAGGGAACACCCGGAACUUGAAGCCGAGUGUGACUGCCAAGUGGUCGUGGUCGACUACCAAAACCUUGAAAACCUUCGGUUCACUCUCCAGGGCGUCGACCUCGUGAUAUCAACGAUUUCCGGUGCAGAGCAACUCAACCUGAUCGAUGCUGCCCGGCGAGCUCGCGUACGCUGCUUCGUGCCUUCGGAAUUCGAAGGUCCAAUCGACCGUAGACCGGCGGCAGGGAGUGAUCCAUUCGAUAACGGCUCCUUGGCGGCCCUACAACAGCUUCGACACUGGUCCCAAUCAAGGCAGCAUCCGAUGAAGUACACCGUUUUCACAUGCGGCGUCUUCUACGAACGGUUCGCCCCCGGCGGUCUGAAAUCAUACGGCAUGGGCUCCCGCAUUCGAAUCCGUGACCAAGGAGAUUACCUGGUGAACAUAGAAAGCGCGAUGGCUGAGAUCCCAGAGGCGAACUCCCAGGGCCGCCCAGUGCACGUGGCGAUGACUUCUGCGUUCGACGUAGCGCGAUUCGUCGCCGCCGCUCUCGAACUGGGGAUCGAUACGUGGCCACGAGAGUUUAAAAUGCGCGGUGCCCGCUUGACGACUCAGGCAAUUCAGGAAAUGUGCAGCGAGGUUAGAGGAGUCCCCUUCAGCGUAACUACGAGGCCGUACGACGAAAUCCUUCAAUGGCUCCGCUACUACGAGCAGAAUCGGGACGAAGCCAACUUAAUCUCGAUGCAACACCUUCUACAGACCGCCGACGGCCGCUACAGUUUCAGAGAAACGAACCUGAACGAGUUGGUAGAUGUUCAACCUGUGAGCUUUCGACAGUGGCUAUACAGUGUUUGGGCCCCGGGGACGUUGUGAUUCUGCUAUUCUUUGCAGCCUUACCGGGACCCGUGUGUACACAUUGGUUAUUGUCUGCGCAUCGGCGACGGCGAUCCACGUCUGUGGACUACGCAUC